UUGUGGGGCUGCUUUUCUGCUCCUCUGGACGUGUGGGGAGGGGGUGGGGGUCCCUUCCAGCCCCCCCCCUCCCGGAAUUAGGCGGCAGAGUGGCUGGAUCUCCUCAGGGCAGCCCAAAAGCACACUUGAUGUCUUCUCCGCUGUCUCCAUGCAGUGAACUGGAAAGAGUCAUCAUGAAGCUGGGUCAGGUAAAGGGUGGCGUGUCCUUCGAAGAAGUCGCUGUGUAUUUCACCCAGGGGGAGUGGACCCUGCUGAGACCAGCCCAGAGAGCUCUGUACAAGGAAGUCAUGCUGGAAAAUUUUGAGAAUGUGGCCUUUCUGAGACCUCUGAUUGCCAAACCUGACCUCAUAUCCUGGCUGGAGGAAGAAGAGGAGCUACUUACCGUGUUCCGUGAUGAACAAGAGGGCUUGGCAGCAGAUGGUGCAUGGGUGUUGGAGACUGAACAUCCAUUGAUGGAGAGAGUACAUACGUCCUCAGAUGUGGAAGAAAACAUUAAAUAUUGUAGUGCAUUGAGGAUGGGGGAAGGAAAAAUCCUAUUUAAUGAGAGGGAAAAUCUUGAUAUUUUACAAAGUGACAAUUUUCAAGAAAUUCCUCCUUUUCAAAAUAUAUACAAAGGAGAUGAUGGGAAUGAGUACCCUGUUAGAGGUGAAAUUGCUUCUGAAAAAUCAGACAUGAAUAUGCAUUGGAACACCCAUAACACAGGGCAACCAUAUAAAUGCCUGGAGUGUGGAAAAAGCUUCAGUAAAAGUGGAAAUCUUUCUUCUCAUCAAAGAAUUCACACAGGGCAGAAACCAUAUAAAUGCCUCGAGUGUAGAAAAACCUUCAGUGAAAGUAGAAGUCUUACUUGCCAUGAAAGAAUUCAUACAGGGGAGAAACCAUAUAAAUGUCUGGAGUGUCGGAAAUGCUUCAAUCACAGGAGAAGCCUUACUUGCCACAAAACAAUUCAUACAGGGGAAAAACCGUAUAAAUGCCUGGAGUGUGGAAAAAGCUUUAGUCAGAGUGGAACUCUUUCUUCUCACCAAAGAAUUCAUGCAGAGGAGAAACCAUUUCAAUGCCCCGAGUGUGGGAAAAGCUUCAGUAAGAAUGGACUUCUUUCUUCCCAUCAAAGAAUUCACACAGGGGAAAAACCAUAUAAAUGCUUGAAGUGUGGAAAAAGUUUCAGUGAAAGUGGAAACCUUACUCGCCAUGAAAGAAUACACACAGGGGAGAAACCAUAUAAAUGUCUGGAGUGUGGGAAAUGCUUCAGUCGCAGUGACAGCCUUUCUUACCACAAAACAAUUCACACACAGGUAAAGCCAUAUAAAUGCCUGGAGUAUGGAAAAGGCUUUUGUCGAAGUGGAAAUCUUUCUUCUCACCAAAGAAUUCAGGCAGGGGAGAAACCAUUUCAAUGCCCGGAGUGUGGGAAAAGCUGUAGACUCCUUUCUUCCCAUCAAAGAAUUCACACACAGGAAAAACCAUAUAAAUGCCUGGAAUGUGGGAAAAGUUUCAGUGAAAGUGGAAACCUUACUCGCCAUGAAAGAAUACACACAGGGGAGAAACCAUAUAAAUGUCUGGAGUGUGGGAAAUGCUUCAGUCGCAGUGACCGCCUUUCUUGCCACAUAACAAUUCACACACAGGGAAAACCAUAUCAAUUCCUGGAGUGUGGAAAAGGCUUUAGUUGAAGUGGAAAUCUUUCUUCUCACCAAAGAAUUCAUGCAGAGGAGAAACCAUUUCAGUGCCCAGAAUGUGGAAAAGGCUAAGAGUGGACAACCAUCAAAGAAUUAACACAGGAGAGAAACCAAAUAAAUGCUUGGAAUGUGGAAAAAGCUUCAGUGAAAGAGGAAACUUUACUUGCCAUGAAAGAGUACACACAGGGGAGAAACCAUAUAAAUGCCUGAAGUGUGCAAAAAGCUUUAGCCACAAUGGAAGGCAUUCUUCCCACCAAACGAUUCUCACAGGAGAGAUAGAGAUGGCAGUGACACAGUGACAGAAUAAGUGAAAAUGAGUCCCCUACCUGAGCAAUCCUUAAUGGGAACAUUGAAGAUAUUAGGAGAUAUUAGGGAUCAUUGAAGAUAUUCGGCAAUCUUGUCCUCUGGAGGGAAAGAAAGCAGAAGGUUGAAAUAUUACCUUCAGUCCUCUGUCUCCAAAACCAGCCUCUCUCUCAGCCAAGAAAAGGGUCCGAGGGAUGUCAUCUGAGUGUAAUUGGGGGCAAGAAUACCUUAGAGCAAGUCAGAGAGUCUGGCUUCAUUUUGUUCACCUUUUCACUGAAUUCUGAGAACUGA